AUGAAGUUCGGGAAGGAGUAUUCGUCACAGAUGGUGCCAGAGUGGCAACAAGCUUACAUGGAUUACGAUUUUCUCAAAACCCUUCUCAAAGAAAUCAUCCGAUUCAAACUCAGAUCCAACAAUGCAGCUCCUCGCGACGGCGCCAAGAAUCAUCACGACGGAGGAUUAAGCCGGAAACUGACCCUGUACCGCGCGUUUAGCGGUUUGGUCUCAACGCCUGGAAGACAUAGACUCACUCAUUCUCACGACGUCGAGGAAGGGGUACAGUUGACGGCGACGGCGACGACGACAACGUCAGGGCCGAUUCUGGUGAACAACACCGCGAGUAGCGGUUGCGAGACGACGUUCCUGAUGGCGGCGGAGGAAGGAGGAGAGUACGAGUUGGUGUUUUUCCGGCGACUUGACGACGAGUUCAACAAAGUCAGUAAGUUCUACAAAAAGAAAGUUGAGGAGGUGUUGGAAGAAGCGAUGGUGCUUAACAAACAGAUGGACGCUUUGAUCGCGUUUCGUGUUAAAGUUGAGAAUCCAGAUGGGUGGCCAUGGGAGGAACGGACGGUGGAGAUCACUCGAUUGGCUUCCGACAUCGCUACUUCCGCGGCGGCUAUCUCCGCUUCUACUCCCGCCGGAGCUAAAUCCAUGAAGGUUCGAAGUCAAGCUCAUAUGGAGGCUAUACAGGAAGGAGGCUCGAGCAGAGCUGGGCGAAUGGAAGAUGACGAAGAAGAAGAAGAAGAAAUCAAAGACUCGGUGUCUACCGGAGCUGGUGAAGUGAAUACGAGCAGAAUGAGAGCAGGGAGACCAGCUCCGAUCGAUGUUCUGGAUCGAGUGAAGAUCAACAACACCAAAGAGACGCCUCGUUCCACCAUUAAAGGAGUUCUCCAGGUAUCGAAGCAGACCGAGUUAAAAUUCAACAGAGAAAAUCUGAUGAAAGUCCAGGAGAGGCUGAGGCACGCCUUCAUCGUGUUUUAUCAGAAGCUUCGGCUUCUCAAAAGCUACAGCUUUUUGAAUGUAUUGGCUUUCUCGAAGAUAUUGAAGAAGUAUGAUAAGAUUACUUCGAGGGAUGCAACGAAGCCUUACAUGAAAAUGGUUGAUACUUCACACCUGGGAAGCUCUGAUGAAGUUGUGCGACUCAUGGAGCGUGUUGAAGCCACGUUCAUAAAGCACUUUGCAAAUGCUAAUCGAACAAAAGGAAUGAACAUUUUACGGCCUAAAGCGAAACGAGAGAGGCAUAGACUUACAUUCUCAACAGGCUUCUCGGCUGGAUGCGUUUUCUCUCUUAUAGUGGCUCUUGCCGCGAUCAUCCGCACCCGAAAUCUCUUGCAGGAGGAUGGCCAGAAGCAAUACAUGAAUACUAUGUUCCCUCUUUAUAGCUUGUUCGGUUUUAUCGUACUGCACAUCGUCGUGUAUGCUGCUAAUAUAUACUACUGGAGGCGAUACAAAGUAAACUAUUCCUUCAUAUUUGGGUUCAAGCAAGGAACUGAACUUGGAUACAGACAAGUCCUGCUUGUUGGUUUCAGCAUCGGAGUCUUUGCAUUGCUCUGUGUUCUUGCCAAUCUUGACAUGGAGGCAAAUCCCAAGACCAAAGAGUAUAAAAAAUACACCGAACUUCUUCCUCUUUUCCUACUUAUUGCACUGUUCGUAGUUUUAAUCCUGCCCUUCAACUUCUUUUACCGCUCGAGUCGUUUUUUCUUCCUUACUUGUAUGUUUCAUUGCCUGGCCGCUCCUCUCUACAAGGUAACAUUACCUGAUUUCUUCUUGGGAGAUCAAUUAACCAGCCAGGUUCAAGCCCUUAGAAGCAUCGAGUUCUACAUCUGCUACUAUGGUUGGGGAGACUACAGACACAGAGUGAACACUUGUAAUAAAUCCAGUGUGUACAACACUUUCUUCUUCAUAGUUGCUGUCAUCCCUUACGUCUCUCGCCUCCUUCAGUGCCUGCGACGGCUGUUUGAGGAGAACAACCCGGAGCAAGGGUACAACGGACUCAAGUACUUCUUGACUAUAGUGGCGGUUUGCUUCAGAACUGCUUUCAGUAUCCAGAAAACUCAAGUCGCUUGGAGGAUUUUAGCCGUUAUCUCCUCCGCUGUAGCUGCAAUAUUCUGUACUUACUGGGACUUUAUCCAUGACUGGGGUCUCCUAAAGCGGACAUCCAAAAACCGUUGGCUUCGGGAUAAACUCCUCGUUCCUCAAAAGAAAGUAUACUUCAUCGCCAUGGUGAGUCUCUUACAAAAUAUAUUAGAGAACGAGCAUUUGAACAAUGUCGGCAAAUACCGAGCCUUCAAGUCCGUUCCAUUACCGUUCAACUACGAUGAAGAUGAAGAUAAAGACGAUUAG